CGAGAAAACAGGGAAUUUCACUUCUCAUUUUCUCCUAUAUAUAUUAAACUCCGUCAAAAAAUCAUCAGUCUACAAUCAAAACUAGUGCAAAACAAUCAAGAAGAAAAACUAUCCAAACCAAAAAAUGUGUUCCUUGAAAUUAUUCCUCGGAUUGGUCCUUUUGGCUUCAGUGAAUGCCCGAAACCUCUUUUUUGGGGAGAAUGGAGAACUUCUUUCAUUCAGUGAAGAAGGUCAGUGGUUUAACGUCGAUGAAGAAGAACAGGAGCCACAGGAUGCUUACUUCGAUAGGACCAGGACACGGCGGGAUGUACAGGGUAGUGUUACUUUGAAGUCUGAUGGAGGGAUGUCAACAAGAGCGCAGGUGCCAAUAGCUCAUAAUGAAAACAAUGUGCUCAGUGCUGUUGGAUCUAUGGACCUUAACAACCAGUUGCAACCGGCUGGUAAUAGUCUUGGACUUCAACUUGAUAACAUCAAGGGCCACAGUCUCUCCGUUAGCCAUGACAAAAUUCCCGGUUUCGGAAAAUCAUUGACUGCCGCUGGUAGCUACAACAUCGUCAACACACAGCCUCACGACCUCAACGCGAGAGCCUUCGUCAGUAGGAACAUGCCAGACUUCCCAGGGGCGCCCAACUUCAAUACCGUUGGCGGUGGGCUGAACUACAUGUACGAUAAAAAGAUCGGCGCUUCUCUCGGCAUGGCUCACACACCAUUCUUAGACCGUAAAGACUACUCCGCAAUGGGAAACUUCAACGUGUUUAAAAACCCCACUUCGUCCGUGGACUUCAAUGCUGGCUUCAAGAAGUUUGACACCCCAUUCAUGAAAAGUGGUUGGGAACCGAACUUCGGUCUUACUUUCAGCCGGUCUUUUGGUAACCAUUAAUUAUUAGGAUCAAGUUUUUUUUUGUUUUUUUUCUGUACGACAUUUUAUUUUCUUUACUGUUAUUCUGUAAAGGCAUUUUUUGAUUGCAUCCUAUUUUUAAGUGUAGUUUGUAAUG